ACAAUUUUUUUGUAAAAGUAAAACGAGGACUGUGAAAAUCGCGAAAAAAUUGAAAUUAAGCUGGAAAAAAGCAAAAUAAAUUGGUUAAAACAAGUGGCCAAUUGUCAAUAAAUGCAUCUGCGUGAAAAGUGACUACUUAAAAUGCAAAAUAAUCGACAAUCAGAGGCCAAAAAGCUGGAUAAUUGUGUUGCCACAGCAGUGAAUAAAAAGAAUGUGAACCAGACAUCAUCAUCAUCAUCGUUGAUGUCGACGGCAGUAAUUCAAAGUAGUAGUAAUAAUAGAAAUAACAAUUGCGGCGGCACGAGUUCCGCGAAUAAACAAAGUGCUGGCAGCAACAACAACAAAAAUUCGGGCAAUUCUGUGUUAACGCAACAAAAUAAUUCUAACAAUAAGAAUAAUAAUAGUGCAAAAUCAAAGAGUAAUGCAGCUGCUGCGACGUCCCAAAUAAUUGCGGGCGGCACGGGCACAGGCAGCGGAAACGCGCAAGCCAGCAGCCCCCAAAACUCCACGCCAACGAAAUCCGACACGGAAACCUACUCGGAAUUCCAACGUCGUGUUACCGACUCAUCCGACAGCGAUGAGGAAAGUGUAUCUGAGAUAUUACUGGCAUGCUUGUGUCUAAGGCCAGACUUGCUGGUUGAUUCCUUCCCAAUUGACCAAGAAUCAAUUGAAAUGCCCGAGUCGUGUUCCGACAGUUGUGAAAACGAAGAGUCCGAAGGCGAAAAUAACAACUACGAGGACGAGGAUGGCGACGAGAGCGAAGGUUCUGGCGAGUCGGGCGAAGAAAGUGGCGACGAUGCGGAAACGGAUCAAACGCCCCAAGACACGAAAGCUCGUCUCACAGCACUUUUAGAAGCGGCAGACGAAGCAGCGCAGGCUCUUACCCGAAUGCGUGGCGAUAAUAGAGAUAAUAAGCAUGUUCUAUCCCGUUCCCUGUUAGCUGCGUGUUCCGACAACGACAUGACAACCGUUCGCAAACUCCUUGGCGAGAACAAUGGCAUGAAUGACGGCACCGACGACGGUGAUUCGCUGCUUUCGCUCGCCUGUUCCGCCGGAUAUUAUGAACUUGCGCAAGUUUUGUUGGCAAUGUCGGCCCAAGUUGAGGAUCGCGGGCAGAAAAAUGAUUGCACGCCGUUGAUGGAAGCUGCUUCCGCGGGUCAUAUCGACAUCAUUGAGUUGCUGUUGAAGCACGGAGCUGACGUGAAUGCGCAAUCGUCAACGGGAAAUACGCCGCUAAUGUAUGCUUGUGCCGGCGGGCAUGUUGAUGCCGUUAAAUUGUUGCUUGCUGCGGGCGCAAAUGUCGAAGAUCACAAUGAAAAUGGGCAUACGCCGCUCAUGGAAGCUGCUUCGGCGGGACAUGUUUCUGUAGCGAAGAUUUUAUUGGAACAUGGCGCCGGCAUCAACACCCACUCGAACGAGUUCAAGGAAAGUGCUCUAACUUUAGCCUGUUACAAGGGUCAUCUCGAUAUGGUGCGUUUCCUACUUGGCGCCGGUGCAGAUCAGGAACACAAAACUGACGAGAUGCACACUGCCCUCAUGGAAGCCUCAAUGGAUGGUCAUGUCGAAGUAGCUCGUCUCUUGUUGGAUUCGGGAGCUCAAGUUAACAUGCCAACGGAUUCCUUCGAAAGUCCCUUAACGCUCGCCGCAUGCGGAGGUCACGUGGAUUUGGCAAUGUUGUUAAUUGAGCGUGGCGCGAACAUCGAAGAGGUCAAUGACGAGGGUUACACGCCUUUGAUGGAAGCAGCACGCGAAGGUCACGAAGAAAUGGUGGCACUUUUGUUGUCGCAAGGCGCAAAUAUCAACGCGCAAACCGAAGAAACGCAAGAAACUGCCUUGACGCUCGCUUGCUGCGGGGGAUUUUUGGAAGUUACGGAUUAUUUGAUCAAGCAUGGGGCGGAUAUCGAAUUGGGAGCAUCGACACCCUUGAUGGAAGCAGCGCAGGAGGGACAUAUUGAACUCGUGCGUUUUUUGUUGGAAAAUCGCGCCAAUGUGCAUGCGCAAACGCAAACGGGAGACACGGCACUUGCUUAUGCCUGCGAAAAUGGGCACACGGAUGUCGCGGAAAUUCUUCUGAUGUACGGGGCGGAGCUCGAACACGAAUCCGAAGGCGGAAGAACGCCUCUGAUGAAAGCUUGUCGCGCCGGACAUUUGUGUACGGUGAAAUUUCUGCUUGGGAGAGGCGCUGAUGUGAAUCGGCAAACGGCAAAUAACGAUCAUACGCCGUUAUCGCUCGCUUGUGCCGGCGGACAUCAAGCUGUAGUCGAAUUGUUGCUCGCUAACGGGGCGGAUCCCUUCCAUAAACUCAAGGAUAACAGCACGAUGCUCAUCGAAGCGGCAAAAGGAGGUCAUAUUAACGUCGUUCAACUACUUUUUGACUUCCCGCAGUCCCUGGCUGGCGCCCAAUCGAACAUGCUCGUGAACAACGGGCUUCAACAAAUCGCUCCGAUCCCCCUGAAACAUCAACACAACUUGCUACAAGUUGCUGCCCAGGCCCCCAACGCCACGCAAAUGAUGCAAACGCCGCCCGGAUUGCACGACGUGCCCGAAGCGAUUCGCACUUCCAACCAAUUCGCGCAUCAAUUGCAGGCGAAGGACUUCCUCGAUCAAUCGCAAAUUAUCUCGUACAACGAGUACAUCAAGAACAAUCCGAACGCCCUUUUGGAUGCCAAUUCCGCGCUUGCAGCUGCCGCCGCCAUGGGAAACACGCCCGGCCAGCAGGAAAGUUCAAUUAUCGCCCAAAUGCGUCUCUUGCAAAUCCAAAAUGAGGGUUUCAAGGACGGAUUGAUGCAAGGUUUGGCAAAAGCGCAACCCGGACUUUUGAAUAAUAACAACAAUAAUAAUGCGAAUCGGGGAGCGCAACAAUUGGUUAUGCCGCCGCAAAUGCAACAAAGUACCCAAACGAAUGUUGCUGCGGCACAAACAGGAACAGGAGCAGCGACAACGACGACCACGACGACGGGCAAGCAAAAAAGUGUUUUGAGGAAAAAUCGACAACAAAUUGCGAAUAAUGCGAAUGCAAAUGCCGCGCAUUAUCAGGAACAGGAUUUGACACUGUCGGAGGCGCAACAAGUGCGCAGUCAACCAAUUGGGGCAGAUGGCAACGAAAAUCUCACGGAUAUGGCAAGCAUCUUGAAUCACUUUGAUGCGAUGAAUCACGACGAGUUUAUGCAAAAAUGGAAAGAGUCCUUAUCAUUCUACAAUGACGGGCCUCCGCCAACUUUGUUGCCUCCGCCGUCAAAUGCGUACAUUGAUCCGAAUGCGACUCAAGCUCAAGGUUCAAUUUAUGGGACUCACGGUGGUGGUUUUAAUUUUUCUGCGCCGUCAUUGCACGCGACGACAACGCAGGACCCGUUUCUGCAAUCGCAGCCCGUUGUUGCCAGUUGUGUUCCCGAUGCAAAAAUGCUGUUGACUGCAAACACAGACGCAACGUCUAACGCGUCACUCGACAUUAACAACACACUUGCCACAUUUUUUACAGAUGCUCGUCAAUCUGGUCAAGAAAACGCUUUCGCGAUUGCCGCAAGUGGUUUAGCGGCACAACAGGAUGCAAACAAGAAGCAAAAUGGACAAACGAUCAAGGGUCCCGCUGAUGUAUCGCAAAAUACCGCGAUUGCCGAUAGGCCCAAAGUAAAGCCCGUUUCCAAAAAGGAUGGAAAAUAUAUUAAGAAAUAUAUUCCGGAGGCGCAGCAGCUUCAGAACAUUAAAUUGUGUGGUUUAAAUGAAAAGAUGCAAAAACAUUUUGGUUUUCCUCCCGCGAGUGGUGCGAAUGUCGCUUCUUCCAACAAUGCACAGGAUUGCCUUUCCGCUGCAUUGUCAUCAAUUAACUUUAUCACGAGUGGUGCGACAAACGCUGGAUCUGCCGGCACGAAGCAAUCGAACAUCCUUCAGGCAGCCACAAACAUUGUUCCUAAUCCGCUACAAGCAUCCAACAACCAAGUAACGACAACAACAUCCACGACGACGACAGCAUCGUCCUCCGCGUCGUCGCAAAUUGACGUCAAUACGACAACAUCAACAUCAAGUAGUUCCGCCGCCAACGAAAACCUAACAAAUCAGCAGCAAUUGACGCAGCAACUGACACAAAUCCAUCCGUGGAAUCCGAAAAUGCUGCAGAAAAUUGCACAACGACUUAUCGUGGAUCCGUCGGGCAGCAAUGCAGCGAGCGGCGAAACAAGUAGUGAGAAUCGCGAAGGAUCGCCCAGCGGUUCGUCGAGCGAUGAAUCUGGUGCCGAGGGAAUGUCGCCGCCGUUGUUGAAUGUCAAACAAAAUAGCAAUAUACAAUUAAAUCUCGAACUGUCCGAUGUGGAUUUGGCUGCCAUUUCAAGCACAUUUUGCUCGCAAUUGGCUCAAGUGCAUCAACAUGUGUCGAAUAUCAUCCAACAAAAACCUGGAAACAAGAACGAUCAGGAGCACGAUUUUAUCGAUACCGAUGUCGAUGGCAAUAUGCAAAUAUUCCGCAUUGACGAUACCGAUGCCGACAUGAGUGGCGAAGGCGUCGAAGGACUGUAUCCGCCGCUCGGUGACUCCUUCAACGUAUCCGACGUGUCGUUCGAGAACGACAAUUCGCAGAAUCUGGAAUGGGUCGAUUGCUUUGACGAGGUCCUGACAGCCUUGAACAUUCCAGGUGCAUUACAGGAAAUCGCUGCCAAUUGUUCCGACAUUGACACAUAUGCGAAUCUCUUCGGUAUGAAUACGUAUUGCAAGGCACGUUGGGCGGAACAAUGGCCGCCAACACAACAGCAAAAGCAACAACAGCAGGCAAUAAUUGAUGAGCAAUGUGCUGCUGUUGAGUGUCCCGAGCACAAUGAUGAUGACGAGAGACAUCAGCAUGCAGCGGAAACGAAUCAAUUGAUUGCUCUCGACCAUCAACAGUUGCAACAAGAACUGUCCUUGCAGCAUUUGCAAUUAUUCAACCAGUUACAGAAUCAAGAACAGCAACCAGGAACACUGCCCUUGAUCCCGGUUACAAUCGAUCAACAAGCGUCGCAAAAUGUCGUCUUGCAAGCGAUGCAAAAUCAAGCGUUACAACAACAAAUUGCCGCCGCUGAUGCCCAACAGCAAGCAAAAUUUGUGUUUAACGUUGAAACCGACAAAUCUCUGCAGUUGUUGUUCCAACUCCCGACUGUCGGGCAACAACAAGGCGGUCAAGCCCAGCCGCCGCAAGGAGCAAUUUUGACGCAACCCCAAACCGAUGACGCGUCCCAAACACAAACAACACACGUGCCUGCCCUUCAACAACAACAACAGCAAACACAAGACGACGGUACGGCACAAGCCCUCCAAGUAUUGCAAAGUAUCCAAGAUACGCAAUGCAAUCAGCAUCAAGUAGCGACGCAAACGCCGCCAUCGCAAACGACAAACAACAUUUUGCAAGGAAUGCCUCCGUUAGUGCCUCGAUCGAUGAUGCAAAAUCAGCAACAGCAGCAACCUGAUGGCGUCAAAACGAUCACGCAAAAGGCAUCAAGCACGAAAAAAACGGAAAAACGUCGCCUCAUUGACAAACGUUUCGAGCCUCGUUUGCAACCACGCCCAAAACCUGCCGGGCAAACAAGUACCGCAAAUGUUCCCGCAACGCCCGGCUUCCAUUAUACGGAUCAAAAUGUCGCCGCUACGGGAAUUCCCGCGCAACAUCCCAUCAAUGGAGCUCCUGUAAUGCCGCCCGAUCGCACAAUUGACGUCGAUUCCGAGACAGAUUCGAAUCACGAUACGGCAUUGACGCUCGCCUGUGCCGGCGGUCAUGAAGAAUUGGUUGAAUUAUUGCUCGAACGGGGUGCGAAUAUCGAACAUCGCGACAAAAAAGGAUUCACGCCGUUGAUUCUCGCCUCGACAGCGGGUCAUGCCAAAGUUGUGGAAAUUCUCAUUAAUCGCAAAGCUGAACUCGAAGCCCAAUCCGAACGUACUAAAGACACUCCAUUGUCGCUGGCUUGUAGCGGAGGUCGAUAUGAAGUUGUCGAAUUGCUGUUGAAGCAUGGCGCGAAUAAGGAACAUCGUAAUGUCUCGGAUUAUACGCCUUUGAGUCUUGCAGCGAGCGGAGGUUACGUGAAUAUCAUCAAAAUGUUGCUGAACAAUGGCGCCGAGAUAAAUUCUCGAACCGGAAGUAAAUUGGGGAUUUCUCCGUUGAUGCUUGCGGCGAUGAAUGGACAUACGCCAGCGGUUCGUUUGCUUCUGGACAUGGGUUCGGACAUAAAUGCGCAAAUUGAGACGAAUCGCAAUACCGCUUUGACGCUCGCUUGCUUCCAGGGACGCCAUGAAGUCGUUAGUUUGUUGCUGGAUCGCAAAGCGAACGUCGAACAUCGUGCCAAAACGGGAUUAACGCCUCUUAUGGAAGCAGCUUCGGGCGGAUAUAUCGAAGUAGGUCGCGUUUUACUCGAUAAAGGAGCUGAUGUGAAUGCGGCGCCUGUUCCGUCGUCACGUGAUACGGCAUUAACCAUCGCCGCUGACAAAGGACACCUAAAAUUCGUCGAACUUUUGUUGAUGCGCAACGCUGCCGUUGAAGUUAAGAACAAAAAAGGCAAUUCCCCGCUUUGGCUCGCCGCAAAUGGCGGUCAUUUGGGUGUCGUUGAGCUUCUGUGCAACGCCAAUGCUGACAUCGAUUCGCAAGACAACCGCAAAGUUUCGUGUUUGAUGGCGGCAUUCCGCAAAGGACACACAAAAGUCGUCAAAUGGAUGGUCAAUCAUGUGAGUCAAUUCCCCUCGGAUCAGGAAAUGACGCGAUUUAUCAGCACAAUAAGUGACAAAGACAUCCUUGACAAGUGUCACGAGUGUGUCAAGGUCAUCAGGGCAGCGAAAGAGACGCAAGCGAAAAAAGCUUAUAUGAAUGCGUCGAUUUUGCUGCGAGAAUUGGAUAUGGAGAAAAAUCGGGAGGAGCAAAAGAAAGCAGCUGCUGCCAAGAGACGUGAAAGGAAAAAGCGUCGCAAGCAGGAAAAGCGGGAGCAGCAGAGGAAAUUGAGUGACGAUAAACCGGGGGCGAAGAAUAAAAACCAAAAGAAGGGAAAACAGGAGGAGCUGGAAGAGGAUUCGGAAGCAUCGGAUUCGAGCGAUUCGGAUGACGAUGACGACGAAGAAAUUCUUGAGACGAUUCCUGAACCGACACCGAUGCCUGCGACGACGACGCACAAAUCGACGACGACGACGCAUCAUCAAGCCGAGCUAAGACACGAAAAGGAGGAAGGUGAUUCCGGCAUCGAUGCAAACAGUCAAGGCUCCUGUUCGAGUUCCGACGUCAAAGCAUCCGCCGUUCUCGACAAAACCAACUCCAAACAACGGAAUAAGAAGAAAAAGCAACAAAACCAACCACCGCCUGUCAAUACCUCAGGUAGUAAUAGUAAUCGUUCCUCAAAUAGUCCAGCCACAAUUAUCAGUAACGCAACAACAACAACUGCCGUAACAACAACAGUAACAUCAUCAGCAUCAUCAUCACACGAAAACGAGUCGCAAUCGCGCGAAUUCAGCAGUAAAUCCAUGGCGAACAAUCGUCGUGAGCAACGAAAAGCAACAAAUGCCGCGACGCAACAAGAAUCGACGAAAAAUCGCGCAAAAGAAAAGGAAAAUGUCGCACCGAAACAAGAGGAAAAGACAAAAUCUGACGUUGCCGCUGCCAAAGAUCAGCAAAAAUCGAGCAGCAAAACGUACGAACACUACCAACAACCUAUUAAUCAACGGAAAAACGUUUACAGCAACAGUCGUCAUACCGUCGAACGCGACGAUUACGAAGUAACGGAAAACGUCUUUUACAAUUCAAACACGAAACAAAGCAAAUUGAGCAAAGAAAGUCCCGGAAAACAAACUUCCGCGUCAGCAACGAGUGUUUCGAGCACCGCAGUUCGUCGCGAAGAGGGUUGGAAAGAAGUUGUAAGCAAAAGUUCGAGUACUCGUUCAUUACCGCUCGAACUGAAGAAGGUUCAGGUGCCAACACAUGCAAUUUCUCGUGUCAUCGGAAGGGCAGGAAGCAAUAUAAAUGCCAUUCGCGCUGCUACAGGAGCCCAUAUCGAAGUCGAGAAGCAAGGAAAAGUCCAAGGCGAUCGUUCCAUAACGAUAAAAGGCACGAACGAAGCCACGAAACAAGCAUACCAUUUAAUAACGACCCUAAUUCGGGAUCCCGACGUCGAUAUUUUACAAGUUUUGAAGAAAGAGGGAAUUGGAAAAGUUGUAACGCACGGAAGUAGCGGGCAGCACAUCACAAUUUCCACGUGGGACAGCAAAUCGAGCAAACCGGGCAGUACUACAAGUAGUCAAGAUGGCGAUGCGUUCCCCAGCAAGAAAGGCAGUACCAAAAAUGUCGCCCAAAAUGCCACAAGCAACGCUCCGAGCAAGACUUCUCAAAGUUCUGGUCGCUCAUCGACAGCGAAAAAUUUGUUUGCAGCAUCAACAUCGACCGCAGCGACAACUACAAGCAGCAAAACUGUCGUUUCGUCAUCUUCGGCAUCAACUUCCGUACGUUCAACGACAGUUAGUAAGUCAGUAACUUCAUAUUCAGGCACUAUUAGUAGCAGUUCUGCCUCCGUAAAAGCUCCUGCAGCAACUUUCAACAAGAGUCAAGCACCGGCGACAUCUCAAACGUUCGCAGCGAGAGUCUCGAGUGUCACUUCCGACACGAAAAAAGUCAUUGGCGAUAAAGUUGUUCAACCGACAAAGGUUUUGACGUCUCCCAAACAUGCCCUUCCCGCGCCAUUCACGUCGAGCGGUAACAUUUUGACAAAUUCUGGGGCAAAUCCCGCUUCAGGAACGAAACCUGUGUUCACGCAAUCGACUUCGGAACCCGCUGCGGUAUCAACUACCGUUCGAAGUGUCACGCCAAUCGGUCCGCCGCAUCGCAAUAACACGCCAACAAGUAAUUUAACGAAUCCAGCGACUUCGGGACCUCAAAAUCCGAUUGGGACCCCAAUUCAGGGCUCGAAGAUGAUAAGUGGCAAUCUACAAGCGCAGGCGCACGAAUAUUCGCUCUUCAAUGACAACUCGUACGGAGGUCAAUGGGACAAUAAUCAGUACACUGCAAGCAUGAAGGCGAAACAAAUCACCGAAACACAAGCUCACGAGACCCCAUCGCAAAAGGUAGAUGUCUCAAAAGCUCCUGGGUAUCGUGGAAAUGCAUUAAGUUCGCCCGUAAGUUCAAGCGGAAAGGCCAGCAGUCAAAGUACGACGCCGCCAUCGACGAAUAUCUUGCCAGCGGGUGUCAUUGGAAGUCAAAUGCCGUCGCAGCAACAACAAUUUUACGCGCAGCAGCAAAAUGAGGCGAUGUCAAGUAAUGUUAUCAAGGCACCUUCGCAACCGCAACCCAUUCAGCGUCCCUUGAGCGGCGUAAAUAACAUGAAACAAAUGCCUCCGGCGGGUAUGGAAAGUUAUUCUCUGGCUCCCGGACCUCCGCCAUCGAUGACACAGCAACAACAACCCCCUGUUCGACCCGAUGUACGCGGAAAUAUGUUCGAUACGUUCCAACAACCGUCGCCGUCGCAGCAUCAACAAGCGAAUUUCUACUCGCAAGAUUCGUAUUCGAACUCGGGACUUGGUCCAAUUGGUAUGUCACGCUUAAAUCCCAAAGCGAAUGCUUUUAAUUCGAUGCCUCAAGGCGGAAAUGCCUUCCAAUCGGGCAACAAAGGACCCGGAAAUUACGGCGGGAUGUACGGAAAUGGAAAUGCGAAUAAUAAUUACGCGUCGCAGAAACAAAUGCAAAAUAUGAACACGAAUCCAUAUCAGAAUCGGGCACCGGGAGCUCCGCCAAAUGCGCAAUCGGGUCAAUUAAAUGGCGCGGGAAUGCGUUGGGGUUAUCCCGAUUUGGGAUAUGCGCCAAGUGCGAGAGAUAUGAUGGGACUCGAAAACGGGAUGUCGCAAAUGGGCAUGAAUUCGCCUUCGAUGUCGCCUAAUUCGGCGCCAAAUGGCAUGCCGAAUGUCAAUGCGCAAUCGCAAAUGGAUGAGCAACGCAAAACGAGACCAAUUGGAGCGGAACGUUUGUGGAAGUAUAAUACUUUUGGUACGGGAGGCCCAUUGGAAUUGGAUAAUAAUGUUGGUUUGGGUGCGCAAGGUCCUCCGCAAGGAUGGGGCAUUGAUAAGCCGCCGCAGAAUCAAAUGCCGCUGCAAUGGAUUCAAUCGCAACCGCCAAUUGGGAGAGGAGCGUUCGGUGACGAGCUUGUGCAUGGAAAUGAAGCGUUUCAGCCAUUACAAGUCGACUACCAAAACUUGAUGGGCGGCAACGGUCCAAAUCAGAACUUGAAUUACAUGUAUGCACCUUUCAUGGGAAACGAUCCAAUGGUCACUGAGCCAACAUGGGAACACGAUAAAAAUACAUGGACAAAAUGGUCUCACUAAAAAGGAAGAACAACAAGAAAUCUGCACAAUUCAAUUCAUCAAAUAUUUUUUUUAUAACCCCUUUAUAAAAAAUGUCUUUAAUCUUAAAAGUCUUUAAAAAGAGGGUAAUUGCUAAAUAUUUUUUUAUAAGUACUAUUGUUCAAUAUUGUACGAAAAAAAAAUUUUUUCAUUGAAAAUAAUUAUGCCGAAAAACGAAAAAGUUGUAAAAAUGAUCAAAUACAGAUCAUAAUAAUAAAUUAUAAUUUUAAAUAAUUUUUUUAUUUAAUUUUUAAUUAACGAAAAAAAAUCGAGUGCAGAAUUGAGACACAAAAAAACGAGCGAUGUGACCAAAAUCGUCCUAAGAAAAUAAAAAAAAACUUCUUUUUCAAUAAAAAAUUACAACAAAAACCCGACCCAUCUAUCAAAAUAAAAUUAAUUGUAAUUUUUCGAUGAUUACAAAAACUCUCUCACACACACACAAACAUAAAAACACACACCCUCGUAUUUAACGAAAAUAAUAUAAAAAAAAAUUCAAAAACAUUAAAAAAUUACAUAAACAACCUUUAAAAAUUUUAGAUGUCGCUUCGUGUAGUAAAAAAAUAAUAAAAAAAAACAUAAAAAUAAAAUUUAGACACAGACACAGUUUUAAGAAGAAGCGGAAAAAGCUAUUAAUUAAAAUAAUUAACAUUUUUUAAUUUUUUUUUCUCAAUUUUUCAAGCCAAAUCCGGCUUUAAAAUGGUGAUUUGAAUAAAAAAAAUCAUUAGGGGAUAUUUUUUCAUUAAUUUUUUUAAAAAUAUUUUAUUAUAUCCUAUAUAAAAAAAUACAUCAUCGACUAAAAAAAACGUUUUCUUAUUAAAAACAUUUAAAAAAAUAUCAAACAACUCCCAAAAAUCAUAAUAUUACUUGCUGCUAAAUAAAUUGCGUACGCUAUUAUGAGCUCUGAAUGAGAAUUGCGAUCAAUGAUGAUUAUAAAAAAAAAUAAUUAAAUGAUUUACACGUUCAUUAUAUUAAGUGUAUAAAAAAACAAGCGGUAGAGGAAGAAAACCAGAAUUGAUUAAUUUUAACGAGAAAAGUUUUUUUUUAUUUUUUUUUCACUCAAGAAUUUUUUUUAUUCAUAAAAUGGAAUUUUUGGGCAACUUUUCGUUUUAUAUGAAAAAUAAAAAAAAAUCUUGAAAAAUUAAA